CCCUGAGGCUCUGAUGCAGGCUCUGGAGGAUCUGGACUACCUGGCGGCGCUGGAUGAUGAUGGUAAUCUGUCUGAAGUUGGCAUCAUAAUGUCGGAGCUUCCCUUGGAGCCGCCUCUGGCCAAAGCUCUGAUCGCUGCCUGCGAGUACGACUGUGUGGACGAGCUGCUCACUAUCGCUGCCAUGCUCACAGCUCCGUCCUGCUUUGUGACAGUGGAGCCCAGCAGAGAGGAGGCGGUGUCUCAGUGGAAACCCCUGAUGCACGCAGAGGGAGACCACAUGACUCUCAUCAACAUCUACAGCACCUACCUGGAGCGUACGUAAUGCUUCACUUCAUCACCUGCUGGGUUUCAUCCUCUUGUCUUGUGUGUUUUUAGGCCCGUCUUCCCUUGUGUUCUGGCUCAAGUUGUACUUUCACAGGGAAGGGAAUCAGGAGCGAAAUGCAGAAUUAAAGAGCCGACAACAAGGCAAGCUUUAUUAAAUUAAAGCUGGUAGAAAUAAACACUAAAUAAAACUGGAGGAGCGGACAAAGUCAAAAUUAAAAGGACUAACAAGCCAGGAACCCUUUGAGGACACAGCGAGUGAAGAGGAGGGGAAUCCAGAAAUAUGCAGACAUGAAACCAAAAGUAAACAAAGACGAGGAACUGAAAGACAACACGAGGGAAGACUCGCCUAAAGACACACAAGACCGAUCACCAAGACAAACAUGACACACAAAACUAUGACAGCAUGUUUGUAACAUGUCAGCAUAAUCGAGCGGAGCAGGGAUGACUUAUUUUUGUAGCCCGACCCGGAAGUAAGCGGCUGGUUCCCCCGACAAAAAAGCAACUGGAUUUCUCCGUAGGAUUUUGGAAUAUUGUAAGAAAUAAGAAAACUAACCUGUUUGAU